UGGCCGCAGCACACGAGUAUUCCACAGAAGAACUUAACUAUUUCAGGAUUUGCAACGUCACCACUCGAAUCAUUGCUGAAGGACUACGAGUAGUCUUCAAGCUAUUAUGGGACACUCAUUACCAGGCGACACACGGCCCGUGGCAAGAUACGGCUAAGAAUGGCAUUGAUUUGUACAGCAUGGAAUCUUCGAAAAGUUGUAAGAGAAAUUCACGAGAACUUUUAAUUUUGAGAAAUGGCAAUAGACUUGAAUGGGACUGUACCWGUCUUUUUGUUGCCAUUCUCUAUUCAGAUAGUGAGGAACCACGAUCGUUUUGUGUUUUGCCACCCAAACCAUCCCACGAAGUUAUCGACCGUUCAAGCGAAGUGGAUGUGAUACUACAAAAGAUGAAAGAGUUGAGAAGCACAAAAAUAAAUGAAAUAACUGUUGUUUAUCUGUCUGGGAAUCCUGGCUGUGGCAAAAGUGAAAUAGCAAGACAGAUAGGUGAGAAGGUUUUCGAUGAUGUUCCCGAUGACGCCACAGAUCAAGUAAAGUUUGUGUUCGCCCUAAACGCAUCCAGUACAGAUACAUUAAUACAAUCAUAUAUUGAAUUUGCAAUUACUUUAAACUGCGAUGAAAAAUCUACUACGAGUAUUGGAACAUCAAAUGAUCUUUCUCCGGAAGACAAACUUAUUCAUCUUAAAAGUCUUGUAGCUCCCAAACUGCGAAAGUAUUCUUCAUGGCUCUUGAUYGUGGAUAACGUCACAGACGUUAAAUCAGUCUUCAGAUUCUUACCAAAAGCGGGAGAGAAGACGGAGGGCACUGGUCAAAUACUUUUUACCACACAAGACAGUCGAUCCAUUGGUGUCAAUGAUUCGUACACUUACCAUUUAUCCCUUAGUCGCGGUAUGAAACCUGAUGAAGCGGUAAAAACACUUUCUGAAAUAUCGGACGCUGCUUCAAAUAUAGAAUGCAUUUUACCAGUCGCGAAGGCUCUAGAUUUCCAGCCACUAGCACUAGCGUGUGCAGCAACUUACAUGAAGCGUGUAAGUGAUGUAACGUCAAUGUCAUGGGAAGAAUAUUUACAGAAGAUUCAACAAGGCAAGMGAGAAGCGACUGAAGGGGAAUAUGAAAGAAUUAGUGUAACUUACGCUCAACCGAUGACUGCAGCAGUCAAGUUGGCCUUAGAAAAAGAAAUGGCUGCAGACAUGGUUAUGAUGCAUGCUUUUCAGUUCUUGUCUGCGUUAGGCCCUGAGCGGAUACCCUUGGAAUAUGUCGUACAAUAUGUAACACGGUGCAUGGCAGAUCAAGACGAAGAUCAUGUAGCCGCUACUGUCUUUUCAUCUUCACUUAUUCUUAAUUAUUCCGAAGACCAGUCAAACGACAUUGUCAUACAUCAAGUUGUACAUAGCUGUCUACAAGAUAUUGUUCUACACAAGAACAAAAAAGAGGAAUUUCAUUUCUUGGUAAACGUUAUUAAUGCUUUUUCAGCACUUUUAAGCGCCUUUGAUGAGGAAAACGUCAAUCACAUUAAAACAACAAAAUUUGUAGUAGUGCAUUUUAUGCACUUCUCAAAACACUUAACCAAUUUUACAACGGAAUCUUUAUMUCCGAUAAAACAGGAAACGAAUUUUGAACAAAAACACAAUGAGUUACGCUACUUCUCAGCCGCGGGAGACGUCUGCCGAACCCACGCUAAGUAUGAAGCUGCGAAAACAUUGUUUAAAACAGUACUAAUGAUCAAAGAAUUUUAUCAUCAUUGUAAUCAUCCAACACUUGCUCCUACAUUGACUAGUCUUGGAUCGAACCUCUUUAGUCUGGGCAAGCAUGAAGAAGCGCAGAAAUAUCUCGAGAGAGCGUUCAUCUUGACUAGUCAAGAGAAGGCGUAUGAUAAAGAUCUUCCAACAGUUGCUACUUCAUUGAAUAAUCUAGGAACGAACCUCAGUCAUCUGAGCAAGCAUGAAGAAGCGCAGAAAGUUCUCAAGAGAGCAUUGGCUAUUCAAGAUGUGGCGUACGGUCAAAAUCAUCCAAAACUUGCUACUACAUUGAAUAAUUUAGGAUCGGACCUCCGUACACUGGGCAAACAUGCAGAAGCGCAGAAACGUAUCGAGAGAGCAUUGACUAUUCAAGAGAUGGCGUAUGAUCAAAAUCAUCCAGCACUUGCUCCUACAUUGAAUAAUCUAGGAUUGAACCUCAUUGAUCUGGGCAAGCAUGAAGAAGCGAAAAAAUUUCUCGAGAGAGCAUUGACUAUUCUAGAGAUGGCGUAUGAUCAAAAUCAUCCAGCACUUGCUMCUACAUUGAAUAAUCUAGGAUCGAACCUCCAUGAACUAGGCAAGCCUGAAGAAGCACAUAAUUAUUUCAAGAGAGCAUUGACUAUUCAAGAAAUGGCAUAUGAUCAAACUAAUCCGACACUUGCCAUUACAUUGAAUAAUUUAGGAUCGAACCUCAUUGAACUGGACAAGCAUGAAGAAGCGCAGAAACGUCUCGAAAGAGCAUUGACUAUUCAAGAGAGGGCGUACGGGCAAAAUCAUCCAGACCUUGCUACUACAUUGACUAAUUUAGGAUCGAACCUCAUUGGUCUGGGCAAGCAUGAAAAAGCACAGGAACUUCUCGAAAGAGCAUUGACUAUUGCUGAGAAGUCGUUCGGUCAAAAUCAUUUAAAACUUGCUUCUAUAUUGAAUAAUGUAGGAUCGAACCUCAUGUUUCUGGGCAAGCACGAAGAAGCGCAGAAACGUCUCGAAAGAGCAUUGACUAUUCAAGAGAUGGCGUAUGGUCAAAAUCAUCCACAACUUGCUACUACAUUGAAUCAUCUAGGAUUGAACCUCCAUCGUCUGAGCAAGGAUGAAGACGCGCUGAAAUGUUACGAGAGAGCAUUGACUAUUGCUGAGAAGCCAUCCGGUCAAAAUCAUCCAAUGCUUACUCGUAUAUUGUAUAGUCUAGGAAUGCACCUCCGUAAACUGGGCAAGCAUGAAGAAGCGCAGAAAUAUCUCGAGAGAUUAUUGACUAUUCAAGAGAUGUCGUAUGGUCAAAAUCAUCCAACACUUGCUACUAUGUUGAUUACUCAAGGAUCGAACCUCCGUGAUCUGGGUAAGCAUGAAGAAGCGCAGAAAUGUCUCGAAAGAGCAUUGACUAUUCAAGAGAUGGCGUACGGUCAAAAUCAUCCAAAACUUGCUACUACAUUGAUUCAUCUAGCAUUAAUGCUCAGUGUUCUCGGCAAGGAUGAAGAAGCGCAGAAUUGUUUCGACAGAGCUUCGACUAUUCAAGAGAUGGCGUAUGACCAAAAUCAUCCAACACUUGCGCUACACUGAAUAAUCUAGGAAGCGAACAUCAUGGGUCUGGGCUAUUAAAGAGAUUGCACAAUAUCAAAAUCAUUGAUAACUUGCUGAUUCAUGCAUUGAAUGAUCCUCUGAUUCAUAGAUCUAGUAAGAGUAAACCUAUUCUCGAAUACAGCAUUUUGAGGUUUAUUUGUUACCAAGAAACUAUAAACAAUCCGAAUGACAYUCAUGGUUCCACAGAUUCAUAGAUCUAGUAAGAGUAAACUCAUACUCGAAUCACCCCAGCAUCAAAGUUUAUUCGUUACCAAGAAACUAUAAAGAAUUAAAAUAAAGCUUGAUUCCUCUGAUUCAUUGAUCUAGUAACAGUAAACUCAAAUCACCUUAUUUGACGAAAAUCAUGUCAUUAACGAAGCCAAGUCCGUUGCUGAAUGUUUUAAUGAAUAUUUUGCAAGACACCAAAGAUCUCACGAUCGAUGAUAUGGACACUCACUCUAGUGUUUUAUUAAUACGUCCCACAGGCAGCACUUAAAUGAAUUUUUCUUUACUACCGUCGAUACAGAAUAUGUAAAAAAACACCCUGUAACAUUCAAAUCCGAGGAAAUCUGUUGGAAUGGAUGGCAUAUCGUCGCGCCUACUACGAUUGUCCGCCCCAAGUAUUACAGGCGAGGUUACUAAGCUUAUAAAUCACUUAAUAAUUACUUAUUCUCUGCCCAGAGAGUGGAAGAGCAGCAACAUUACACCAAUACACGAAAAAGGAAGCAAAACCGAUGAAACCAACUAUAGACCCUGUCUCCAUCUUAACCACGUUGUCCAAAGUGUUUGAGAAAGUUAUAUAUGAUCAGAUAUAUAAUGCAAUGUCUCCUCUGCUGUCUCAAAACCUAUCUGGAUAUAUGAAGGGACAUUCGUACUCUACGGCUAUUCUAAAAAUGACUAAAGACUGGCGUGCCCAUUUAAACCUAAAAGAAACUGUCGUGACUGUUGCAGUGGAUCUAAGCAAAGCAUUUGACAGUGUCAACCAUAAUCUUCUUUUGCCUAAAUUACAAGCAUACGGACUUUCAACCACGCUAUAAAGCUUCUUCACGAAUAUCUAAAAAAUCGUCGUCAGAGGGUGAAAAUAGAUGGCACAUACUCAGACUGGAGUCCAGUUACAGCCUCUGUUCGGUCCAUUACUGUUUAAUAUCUACAUGAAUGACAUCAAUUACUGUAUCCAAUAUCUCUUUAAGAUUGUAUGCUGACGAUACCACCAGUUGUGCUUCAGACGCCUCCUCAUUAGCGCUUCAAUUCAUAGUCAACAAUGAUUUGUCAGCUUUAUCUACAUGGCUGGAGCAAAAUUWCCUGUCCAUCAAUAAUACCAAGACGCAGGCGAUGUACCUUGGUCCAUCAACAUAUAAAUACGAUUCCCAAGUCAAUGGCAACGAUGUCGUAAAAAUCGAACCAACUUUAAGAAUUCUUGGCGUCACAUUGGAUAAAAGGCUUACCUUUAAGGAGCAUAUCACAGAGCAGCUCAAGAAAGUUUAUGCAAAGACAUCUGCCUUAAAACUCACGCUUUGUAUCCGUGAGCACAAUGACUCUAUUAUACAAAUCAUUUAUAGUUCCACACUUAGAAUAUUGUAGCAUAAUACUUAUUGGUCUUGGGAAAGUUCAGGACAACAGACUCGAAGAUGCUAAUUAUUAUGUUUUAAGAACACUUUUUUCAAAUUAUGAACGAAAGCUAUGAAAGUCUGUAAAAGUUAGUACGUAUGAACACUUUAAAACAUCGUAGGUAUUAUCAGGCAUUGAUCUUGAUAUAAAAUGCAUUAACUCUAUUGGUCCACACUAUAUUAAGGAUUUUCUAAAUCUAAGAGAAAUUAGUUACAAUUUAAGGGGGAAGAGAAGUAAUCUGGCUCAACCUCAUUUCAUCUCUGAAUGGAUGCAUAAGCCGUUCUCCUAUAUUAGUUAUAAGUUGUAGAAUAAGCUACCUAUUGAGGUCAGAAACUGUGGGAGUCUACAAGAAUUCAAGAGGGCUUUAAGAAAAUUAAAAUUCUUUGAAUCGUUA